AAAGAAUAAGAAGAAUAUAAAUUAAUUUUUACAAUCAAAAAUUAUAGUAUUGAUAAUUUAUGAGGAAUCGAAAUUUUCAAUAAUAUUUUAAUGUGAAUUGAGAUUAACAGUUUUUUUAACUAUAAUGUUCGAAUAAGCAUUGUUCAUUGGUGACAGCUUGAUCGCUGAUCAAUGUUUUUGAUUCCUAAUUAGAAGAGAAUUAUAUGUACGUUUGAUCAAAAACGUGAUAAAAAUAGUGUCAAUUUUUAAUGAAGAAAAAUACAUGUUAGGUUAGAGUGAAAUUGAAUGUGUACAAUAUACUCAUUUAAACGAAAAUAAUUAUUAAACUAUUUCAAUUCUAAAUGUGUAUAAUAUCAUAAAUAUUACCAAUGAUAAUUAAUCAAAUUCCGUGUUUUGUUGACACUUGAACGAAAACGAAACUCUGGUCUUCUGUUUUGGAUAUGGUCAAUCAAAUGGAUAAUACAAAAACUUCAAGAUACGGAUUAAUAUCUUGGAAAUUGAAUAAGAAGCCUUUGGGUUUCUUAUGGAAACGUCAUUAUCGUGAAAAUGUCAUAAAAGUAGAUGAAAAUAAAUGGAAGGGAGAAGAUCCUAACACUAUCAACGUUGCACCAUGCAAAUCACAAAAUAAUAAUACCAACAAAAUACCACACGGUUUUUUUGGAAAUAUUAAGAGACAUUUUGCAAUCUGCAAAGCUAAGCAAAAAGCAAGCAAAGCUAUCACAGUUGAUCAUCUUUAUGAGGCUCAACAAAUAAUGUAUACAGUUGAAAACGACAAGCCAGCAAAAUCUUCUUUUUACAUUGACACGCCGCUAGUCGAACACUGUCUUCCUUCUAUAAAUAUUGAUAAUUUACAGGCCAAUAUUACACAAACUACUAUAGAUGAAAAUAAAGUUAAUUGCAAUACUCAAUUUUCUUCGCCUUUAGAUUGUGAGACAGAUAUUUAUUCAAAAGAAGAAACAAAAGAUUUAGAUGUACUUGAUGGAGAAUAUCAUACGAAAAAUAAAAUGCAUAUUGAUCCAUCAGUAGAAUCCCCAGCAUUGCGUACUACAGAUGAAAAACAAAUAGUACAAUAUACGAGUAAUACGGAUGGAGAAAAUGAUAUGGUAAUAAACGAUGAAAGUAAGUUGAAGGCAUGUCUUACAGAGGAAUUAUUGAAAUUGAGCAAAUAUGGUUGGUAUUGGGGUCCCAUAUCUGGAAACGAGGCUGAUAUUAAACUCAUGUCAGAACCAGAUGGUGCAUUUUUAGUUAGAGAUUCAUCCGACGACAGGUAUUUAUUAACAUUAAGUUUUAAAUCAUCGGGGAAAUUACUUCAUGCACGAAUAGAACACAGUAGAGGUAUUUUUUCAUUAUGCAACCGUGGAGAAAGUAAAUCCUUUACUUCAAUAGCUGCUUUAAUCGAUUAUUCUAUGAACUUCAGUGAAACGGCAGUUAUUUGUUAUUCAAGACCUAAAUAUCCUGGUUGUCCAUCGUUUCCUGUAAGGCUAACAAAGCCAGUUAGUAGGUUCACUCAAGUAAAAAGUUUACAAUAUCUUUGUCGUUUCGUUAUACGACAAAAUACAAGAUUGGACAAUAUUCACAAAUUGCCCUUGCCAAAAAGCAUGAAAGGAUAUAUAGAGGAGGCGCAUUACUAAGACACGAAACGAUGCAAUUAACUUAAAACUUUAAUAAUAAAAACUUUAAUAAUACGACAAUUAAAAUGUCAUGUGAUAAUUUUAGAGUAUUGCUGAAAAGAAUUAAAUUUAUAUUUAGAGAUAAAUUUUUUAUGUGCUUUUGCACAUUUACAUAACAAAAGUAUUGGCAAUGCAAAAAAAAACGUGAAGGCACAAUCGAAAUAAAUGCAUUUGUUAAAUAAAUAGAUAUGUAUAUAUGUAUAUAUAUAUACAUAUAUACAUAUAUAUAUAUAUACAUACAUAUAUAUAUACAUACAUAUAUAUAUAUAUACAUAUAUAUACACAUAUAUAAGAUUUGAUAGGAAAAUAUAUUUUAUGAUAUCUAUACGAUGUAGUACAAAAGGUGCAUUCUAUAAACUUGAAAUAAACAGAUGGAAUAUAUGUAUAUAUUGCACCAACAAUAUCAUGUUUAUUUACUAUCAAUACAAUCAUGUGUACGCACAUAUUAGAUUUUAUUUCUAUAGAUUAGAUUAAAUAAUAAAUCGUGAAAUUCUUAAUAUCUGUAUUUUAAUAAAAACUUAUUUUUAUUUGUUUUUUUUUUUUUUAUAUUUCUGGUGCAAUAUAAAUGAACUCGAUCAGAUUCGUAAAUGUAUCUGUAUAAAUUCAACGUAAACGUAGUUUACUUUUUAAGAUUACUCCAUUUAUUAAUUUUGAUCGAUAAAUUUAUAAAAACUAAUUAUUAAGGCAAAUGACUUAUAGGCACAUAGUUUGAUAAUGAAAUAUUGAUAUACUUUGAACGAUGCGAGUUAUACAGAAAAAUUAUGAAUGACAUCGCUGAUUCCUCAUGUUUGUUACUCUAUGUAUUCUCUCUAUCACUAUUGUAUAGUCUUUAUAAAUAUCACAUACAAACGAGCGAUUCAUGUUACAACAUCGCUUUUAUGUGAUAAACGAGUAAUAGAUGUAAUCACGGCUUUACAAAUUAUUUAUCCUCUUUUUAAAAAUUCUCAAUCUUUGAGAAUUGCUUUUAGCAAUUGUUAAAAAUAAAUUGUCGGCAAAGGUAA